CACGACAUUUCGCAUUUUCGACGCAGGUACACCCAACCGGCACGCACUCGCUGGGAGAUCUCGUCGGUUCCCCUCGGAAGAUACUAGGCUGGAAUAAGGUGUUAACGUAAAGAGGAUCUGGGAGGUGCCUUCGCUGCUUUUAGAGAGUUGGACAAGGUGGAUUCAAAUGAUGGCGGUGUGAUAUGAAUUCCCCCCACCCGUCAUCUAUGAAAUCCGCCUCAUAUUUAGCAUGACCCUCGCCACGCGUCACCAGGUCCCUUGCUCAUAAUCUGGACCGAGCGAGCGUGGAACAACCUGUACCAGUCUCCACUUCAAGACAAGGCAGACGAGCUUAAAGGACGUGAAGAUGACGUAAUAACAUAAAAGAUUAAAGAGAACGAAAGAAAGAGAGAAAGAGAGAAAGUCAGAGAGUGAAAGAGCGAGAGAGGAGAGAGAGAGAGAGAGAGAGAGAGAGAGAGAGAGAGAGAGAGAGAGAGAAAGACAAAAAUAAAGAGAAAGGGACUCAAGCAACGUUGAACAGAAGCGCGUGUUCGUUGGAGGAAAAAAAUCUACGGCAAGAAAACCCGAGAAUCAGAUAUGGGUCUACGGGGGAUGCUGUACCGAGCCGCGAGAAACAGGCGGGUGUGGACACUGGCCACGGUGCUGUUCCUCUUCUAUGUUAACAUAAUUCAGAUAGCCAACAUGACGCGGAGUGAAGAAGAGUCUCGGAGAUUCAAGGGGAGACCAGCGAAGGCCAAGCAAGCUGGAGAUUCGAAAUUCAUUUUUUAUCAAAACGAAGACGAUAAGGACGUCGUCGAUUAUAAUCAAGCCGACGAUAACGAUAAAGAUGAUGUUAAAUAUAACGGUUACUAUUAUCAGGAUGAUGAAGCUCAAGAAAUUGAAGGCGGUGAUGAGGGCGACCCUUAUGAGGAUGAGAAUGAAGGUGAUGAUAACGAUGGUGAUCAUGAUGAAGAGGAGAAGGAGGAUGGUGAUGAUGGUUACACAGAUAAUGUUGAUUAUGGCGAUGGAAAGAGCAGAGGAAGGGGAGAGGAGAACAAGAAAGUAGAUAAUGAGGAUAGAAACAAGGAGAGCAACCGAGGAGGUACAAAUGUGAUAAAGAUAGAACCGGCAGGAAACAUGCUAAAGAAUGAACCAGCGGGACAAACGAUAAAGAAGGAACCAGUAGAACAUGUAAAGCAAGAAGUUCGCGAAGAAAAAGACGAUCAGCCGGAAACGAAGAGGAAUAACGGCGAAGAAGUGAUGAUGGGAGGAGGAAGGAAAACAGGAGCAGACGACGAUAUUUACAACGGUUAUUACAACACGAAAGAAAACGUGAAAAAGGUGCUGUUAGUGACGUACCAGCGCUCGGGGUCAUCCUUCGUCGGGGAACUCCUGACCUCCGGGGGCGGCGCGAUGUACGUGUACGAGCCUCUGUUCCUCUGGCGAGCCCUCCUGGGACCCGGGGCUGACGCGGGCGUGGAGGAGAGGGCGGCCAGGGCGCUCGGGGACCUCCUCGACUGCAAGCCUGAGGUGGUCCGUGCCUGGCGCCGCCGCCCCUACACGUACUUCCGGCGCAAACCCGAGGGCGUGCGCGACUGGUGCCUCGACGCCGAGCUCCGCCUCCUCAAGACCAUCCGCUCCCGUGCCUCCUUCGUGCUGCCGUGGGUGCGGGCGCGGCCGGAUAUCAAGGUGGUCCACUUGGUGCGUGAUCCUCGAGGCAUCCUCAACUCCGUCAAGCGCGGCGGGAACCUCUGGAGCGAGAAUAAUCGCAACGCUGCCCUUCAAUGCGCCAACAUCGAGCGUGACCUCCAACUGCAGGAGUUGGGGCCCCACAGGUACCUGCGAGUACGCUACGAGGACCUAGUGGAAAGCCCCCUGGAGGAGACGCGUCGAAUCUUCAGCUUCAUGGGCGCUAAUUUCAACGAUGACGUCAUGGCUUACCUGCGGGAACACACCUGGCUGGCCGAGAAGAUCCCAGCUGAGAAGCAAGGGUACCUGAAGACCUUCCGGGACUCCAGCUUCAAGCAUGACCACUGGAAGACUAAUAUGGAUAACCGUGAAAUCGAAUUCAUUGAGAAUGUUUGCGGUUCUGUCAUGAAGAAACUCGAUUAUCAUCCGUUGCCUCCGACUUGAUUUUUUUUUUCUUUUUUUAUUCUCAGCUUUCCUUGUUCGUACGUUUUGCUUGUUUUGUUUUGUUUUGUAUUUGUUUUGAUGAAUCUUCUUUAUUAACUUAUUAACUUGUAGUUUGUUUUGCUACACGUUGUGUUUCUCUGUUUUGUUGUCUUAUAGUUUGUCUCUUUUCACUUCAUCUUUGACUUUAUCUUCCUCGAUUUUAUAUUUCUCCAUUUGACUUCAUCUCCUUUUAUUUCUUCCUCUUUUUUCCUCUUCCCUUCUUCCUCCCUUUUGUCUUAUUCCCCUUUAUCUUCC